AGGUCAGUUGUGCGCCAUGGACGGCGCCCCGCGGACCUCCAACGCGCUGUCUGCUCCUGCAGUCCUCAGAGACGCCGAAAAUGCCCCGGGUGCGAGUCGCCCCUUCUCUGCGCGCAGCAUCUGGAAAAUGUGCGCCUACGUGAGAAACAGUCUGUGAACGCCGUUCGAGAAUGCUGAACUUACUCUCAUGUGAUCUCGAGUGACGGUAUCGAGGGAGACUGUAACAGUGUUGUUAGUGAUUCCUGAACAAUACGAGUACCCUCUUGCUGGUGGUUCGGACAGAAGCGGUCACAGUCGUGCACCGUUUUGCUGAAAUACCUUUGGGACUGCACAACUGAGGUGCCUGACAUGAGGGAGAGGGCCUUCCUCGUGGGAGUCUCUCUGGCGGCCGUUAUCUGCAUGACAGCCGUACACGCACACGCAAGCCGCGUCGUCGAGGUGCCGGAGGCGAACCCGUCGCCUACGAUGCCACCGGAAACGAGCCUCUCGCUGCGCGACAUCCUGCCUCUCAACCCCAAGCACUACGACAAGAACCGUGCGCCCAAGGUGCAGGGACAGCCCACAAUCGUCUACUUCCACGUCACCGUCCUGUCGCUAGAUUCCAUCAACGAGGAGUCAAUGACAUACGUGGCAGACAUUUUCUUAGCACAAAGCUGGAGAGACCCCCGGCUCCGCCUACCUGAGUAUAUGAGUGAAGAAUAUAGAAUACUGGAUGUUGAGUGGCUUCAUGACAUUUGGAGACCAGAUUGUUUCUUCAAGAAUGCCAAAAAAGUCACAUUCCAUGAAAUGAGUAUUCCAAACCAUUAUUUAUGGCUAUAUCAUGACAAGACUCUACUGUAUAUGUCCAAAUUAACAUUGGUGUUGUCAUGUGCAAUGAAAUUUGAAUCUUAUCCUCAUGAUACACAAGUUUGUUCAAUGAUGAUUGAGAGCUUAUCUCAUACAGUUCAUGAUUUAGUAUUCAUAUGGAAUACAACAGAUCCACUAGUUGUGAACCCUGACAUAGAACUACCACAGUUGGAUAUAUCUAACAACUAUACUGGAGAUUGCACCAUUCCUUACUCCACAGGUAAUUUUACAUGCCUGGUAGUUGUGUUCAACUUAAGACGACGCCUUGGUUACCAUCUGUUUCACACAUAUAUUCCUUCUGCUCUCAUUGUUGUUAUGUCAUGGAUAUCUUUCUGGAUUAAACCUGAAGCCAUACCUGCAAGAGUGACUCUUGGUGUAACAUCACUUCUAACAUUGGCUACACAAAAUACACAGAGUCAACAGUCCUUACCUCCAGUGUCUUAUGUGAAAGCCAUAGAUGUGUGGAUGUCUUCGUGUUCUGUAUUUGUGUUCUUGUCACUUAUGGAAUUUGCGGUGGUAAAUAACUACAUGGGACCAGUAGCUACAAAAGCAAUGAAAGGCUACUCUGAUGAAGAUAUACCAAAUGCACUAGAUGAUUUUAAGGAACUGGAACCUUGUGGUCGAAGUCCGAUGCGUCCAAUUACUGCUCAAAUGCCACAGUAUUCAACUUUCUGCCAUGGUCGAGAAACAGCUUUAUACAUCGAUAAAGUUUCACGAUUUUUCUUCCCAUUCUCCUUUUUUAUUCUUAAUGUUGUAUACUGGUCAACAUUUUUGUGAA